GAUAGUCUAGGAUUUCAAUAUAAAGUGUGUGUGUGUGUGUGUGUGUGUGUGUGUGUGUGUGUGUGUGUGUGUGUGUGAGAAUGGUGGUGGGAGGAAUUGCCUGCUUGCAUUUGGUGGCUUUAAAUAUGAGGACUCAUUUCUCUUUAGUUCUAGCAAACUCAUUUAUUAACCCUGAAUAUUGUCUCUGCCAUUCUAUUUUUUUCCCUCCUGACAUUCCUUCUGGAUAUAUAUCGAAACUUCUUUUUUAUUUUCUCCUUAUCUUUCUCUGUGCUUUCUCAUCACUUUAUCUGCCCUGUGUUCUGGCAGAUUUUUUUUCUGUUCUUUCUUCCUGUUCCACGAUUUUUUUCCUCCUCAGUUGUGUCUAGUCUACUAUUUAAAUCUAUCGCUUGAACCUCUUUUAUUUCUAAUACUAUAUCCAUUUCUUGGAUUUGUCCUCUGUUCUUUUUCACAGUCACUUGUUUGCUUUGUGUAUGUUAUUUAUUUAUUGAGCUCUUUGAACGUAUAAAACAUUUUAAUGUGCCAUUCAUAUUGCUCUAUUAUCUCUAAUUCCUCAAUUUUCAGGCUUAUAGACUGCUUACUUAGAUGUUUCAUAAUUCUUUUUUUUUCUUUUUGUCUUUUUAGGGCCACACCCAUUGCAGAUGGAGGUUCCCAAGCUAGGGGUCCAAUCCGAGCUGUAGCCACUGGCGUACGCCAGAGCCACAGCAAUGUGGGAUCCAAGCUGAGUCUGUGACCUCCACCACAGCUCACAGCAACACUGGAUCCUUAACCAACUGACUGAGGCCAGGGAUCGAACCUGCAUCCUCUUGGAUGCUAGUUGGAUUUGUUAACCACUGAGUGCUGAGCCACAAUGGGAACUCCAAGUUCUUCUUUUUUUUUUUUUUUUUUUUUUUUUUUGUCUUUUGUCUUUUAGGGCCGCACCUGCGGCAUAUGGAGGGUCCGAGCUGCAGCUGCUGGCCUACGCCACAGCCACAGCAACGUGGGAGAUGUUUCGUAAUUCUUAUCUUUGAGUUUUGAUUUUCUGGGGGCUUUUUUUUUAAGGAUCAUGGGUGUGACCUAGGAAGUGGAGGUAUCUCUGCUAAGUGAUGUUGUGGACUAGCUGCCUGGGCCCUGAAAGUUUCAUCAGCUCCUAACUAGUUUUUAUGUUAACAUCUUAGUUUGAAAUUUCUGUAUCACAAAGGUAGAUUGAAUUCGAGCCACCUAUGCAUAUUUUUUGUACCAGCUUGGGGUGCUUGCCUGUCUCCAUUGCCUUUUCCAUUCUUCUGUAGAGGUUUCUGAGAUUUAAGCUUCACUAGGUCUCUGGAGAUUGAGGAGACUAUGCCCUUACCCUGUUAGCCUCAAAUUUACCCACAAUCUAGCAUAGUUCCUGCUUUUAGAGCAGAUAUCUCAUUCAAGUCACCCCCUUGGGCUUGGGCAGUUUUAGCUUCUGCUCAUAGAUAUGAAUUUCCUGUCUGGUACCUGGAAAUUUGUCUUCUUUGAAAACUCUGCUUUGCAUUUUUUUAAAAAAAAAUGUAUUUAUUAAGUGCUUUUUAACUGAUAUUUCUUGGAGAUUGGAGUAGAAGAGAGAGAUUCCAGUGUGGCUUCUAUCUACCAUGGUGACUUAGAAGUCUUGUUGAGAUCUCUUGAUUUUCUUUUUCCAUUUCUCUCUCACCCCCAUUUAGAGUUUGGAGUCAGGGCUGGUUUAUUUUCGGAGGAACUGGUACCCCUAUAGGUUGGUUCACUUUUGGCUCUGCAAAGACAACUGCUUCAGGUUUGGAUCCAGCAUCUACUGCUGUUGCCACUACUAGGUCAAGCACCAUGCUGUUUACCUCAUUUUCAAAUGCUUCAUCCUCCACUGCUGCUACUGGGAUCUCAUUUGGUUCCCCGACAACUUCGACUGGAACACUUGGUGGUACAACUUUGGGAUUUGGAUUAAAAUUCCCUGGAGCCGGUGGAGCAAUGCCUGUUGCAUCUACUACAACAUCAACUACCACUACCACCACUGUCACCACCACUACCACCACUACCAUCACCAGUGGAUUUACCUUGAACAUAAAACCACUGACAUCAACUGGGAUUGAUAACACUGUUCCAGUCGGCAUUACUUCUAUACCUUUUACUUCGACUGUUAAUGCAAUCAUAACUCCUGUGAUGACAUAUGGUCAGCUGGAUGGUCUGGUAAACAAAUGGAGCCUUGAGUUAGAGGAUCAAGAGAAACACUUUCUUCACCAGGCCACCCAGGUCAAUGUUUGGGACAAUACUUUGAUUGAGAAUGGUGAGAAGAUUACUGCUUUGCAUGGAGAAGUAGAAAAAGUGAAACUGGAUCAGAAAAGGCUGGAAAAAGAAUUGGAUUUUAUCCUGUCACAGCAGAAGGAAUUGGAAGAUCUCUUGAUCCCUUUGGAGGAGUCUGUUAAGGACCAGAAUGGGUCUGUGUAUCUGCAGCACACAGAUGAGCGUGAGAGCACUUACAAGUUAGCCGAAAAUAUAGAUGCUCAGCUGAAACGAAUGGCACAAGAUCUCAAGGACAUUAUUGAGCACCUGAAUACCUUUGGAAGUCCUGCUGACACUACUGAGCCGCUCCAGCAGAUCUGCAAAAUUCUGAAUGCUCAUAUGGAUUCUCUGCAAUGGAUUAAUCAGACAUCAGGCAUGCUGCAAAGGAAGGUAGAAGAGGUAACACAGGUUUUCGAGCAUCGUCGUCGCCAGGAGCAAGACCGCAAUAUCAGGAUUGCUUUUGAUUGAAUGAUCCUGUCUUCAACAUGCUGUUUUUGGAUUAUACAUGACCUAUAAAUGUUAAUGGUGUUCAUCAGACUAGUAUUUACAGUUACAGUUCAAUCUUUGGUGGCAAUAAAGUGUAUGUUCAUUUUUUUCCCAUUUAAGUAUUGUGCUGUUGAGAAUGAUACUGUAGUUUGGCUUUUAGUAAUAGCAAAGCAAAGCUAUAUCGGCCCUUCUCUCUAGGCAGCAACCUAUUUGAUGUUGACUCUGUGCGUAAUUCGCGUCCUACUCUUCUAGGUUCCAUAUCUUACCGCCAGCACACAUGGUCCUCACUCCAACUGGAUCAUAGAGAAAUGUUUGCCAAAAAAGUAGAUGCCAACCAGUCUUUACUGGAUGCCUAUUAACAUUCAAUGUAUAGUGCUAGAUACUGUAAAGUCUCCUCAAAGGAACUGUCUACUUUGAUAUGUAAUUAAUGCCUUUCUGUAUAAAAACAAUAUAGACAAUGCAAGAAGUGUGUUAUGAAUUACAGAAAGUAUGUUAUAGAAAUUCAGAGACGGGAGGAAAAGCUAGGGAGGAUUUAGGAUUAAUUCAAGGUUAUUUUUAAAAGGGAAUCCAGGCAGUUCAUUUGUUUUUGAUGUACAGAUAAUCUGAUGUUUUACUUGGUUUUAGUGUAUGAUUUAUGGUUGUGGAUUUUGUGUAUUUGUUUGUUUAUUCGCUUCUUAAGAAAAAGCCUUGUUCUUAGCUUGGGAACAACUUGAUCUCUUGUGUUUCAUGCUUUACUGAAGUCAUAAAUAAAGGCGAUGCCCUGAAAAAUGAAAGUAUAACACUAAAAUAAACUCCUUAAAAGUUGUUGAGUGA